GAAGGCAGCAGCUUCUUCUUGGAGGGCAUCCGCCGGGACUCGCCGCCAGGCCUACAGCUGGAAAAUCUCUCUUCUGCUGGUGCUUACGACUUGGGCGGCACAUGUCUGGUUGUUGGAGUACAGCACUUCCUGGGUGCGCUUCUUUGCCUGCCCGAGGUUACCCGAAACGUCAGCAACGACUGGUCUGCCGCACUGAUCCGGCACGCGGCCCUGCUAGCAGCUGCUCUGGGCCUCACGCAGGUUCUUGCUGCCGUGCGCCGGCACCUCGCAGAGGACGGGCCAAAGCACAUGCCCCUCUCUCUGCUCGCCUACCUCGUUGGGCUCCAUGCAAUCAGCAUCGUGAACUGUGUGCCGAUGAAUCUGCACUAUUCGACUGAGUAUGCUUACGUGCUGAUGGUUUUUGGAAUGCACCUUUCGGGCUUUGCAGCGAACUUUCUGAGCCCGUUGGCGUGGACCAUCGACGACUCUUACCUUCCUCAUCUGCCGCUGCUCUGGCUGAUCGGUACAGUGGACACUGUCAUUGCCGUGGCCGUGCGCGG